AUGUCAACUGUUGCUUCUACUUCUUCUGCCUAUUCCUUCAAAUACUUCCCACGUUAUGGUCAAUGGACAAAGGAGAUGCAAAUGGAAUUGGAUGAGCAUUCUCGUCAAAUGGCAAAGCUGAUGAUCCAUGUUCAAGGACUAUACAAAUCCAAGAAGCAAUCGAAGAAGGAUCAACAGAAAGAGGAUACCGAUGCCGAUUGUAUGGUCCACUCAGAAUCUCCGACCUCUACACAGCCAUAUUCUUCUGAAGCCUCAUCAUCGUCGAUGUCUUCACAACAAGAAAUGCAGAAUCACUAUUACCAGGACGAACAAUACACUCAAUUUCAACAGAUGUCAAUGGAACAGUUCUACCCACCAGCAAACUACACAGUCUACUUCCAGCUGAUUCAAUACACUGCAGAGGGAUUCGAACAAAAUGGAUGUUCUUAUUUUCAAUAUUAA